UGAAGGAUCGAUGGCUUCGUCUACAACAGAGGGGGGAGGGGGAGGGGGGAGAGAGGGGGGGGUUAUGACAGGCUGUCAACCUUGUCCCCCUGGCAAAUCGACGAUAUCAGAGGGUCCCCCAAUAGUGCUAGGGGUGCUGGAAAGUGGGGCUGAAGUGAUGAAGGGUCGAUUUAUAUCUGCAUUGAAAAAGGUGGCGGGGAAGGGUCUCGGGGCUCCCAAGAAGGAGAAAGAGGGGUCCUCGGUAUUCCCGAGGGGUGCCCAGGGCAUUGCGGGAGGAGGUGCCGUGGAAGGGUUGACGUCAUCGUCUUUGCAUAUUGCUUCUCUUGCAGUGAAGAAGAGAUCCACGAUCGUCGAAGCCGAACUCUCAUCGACGAAUGCAGCAGCAGCUAUGGCUGCUUCCGCUACGACAUUAACGAUGACGUCAUCAUCCACGACGGCGACGACGACAGCAGCAGCAGCAGCAGUGUCGAUAAAGAGCGGAGCGAAGAGGAGGGUGCGGGCGGUCAAUCACAACGCACUGAGUCAGCGAGCGGCAAACGGGGGAGGAGGAGGAGGAGGAGGAGGAGGAGGAGAGGGAGGAGGAGUGGUGGGCUCUGGUACGCACAAGAAAAGUGGAGGCCGUCCACGAAGUGGCGGGAAGUCCAGAAGACGGCAUCACUCUGCCUCUCAUCGUAAAGGUGGGGGGGAAAGACACACCUCCUCAAGAGUAUUAACCUCUACAUCUCUGGGGAAGGCAGAGACAGCAUCAGCAGCAACAGGAGGAGGAGGAGGGGCAGGGGGUGGAGGAGGAGGUCCUGCCACGUCGAAGGAUCAGAAUAACUUCAAUCACAAAGUGUACAAGCUGCUAGAGGACGACACGGCGGCGCUCCUCCGCACUAUGCAGAUGAACAAGGAGAUUCUCCACGCCAUAGACGCGGCGGCGGCGGCGGCUUGUUGUAGCACUACCGUUAGCAGCAGCAGCAGCAGGUUAUUAGAUGCAAACCCAAGGUUGAUGAGUAUGGGUAUGGUGGGUUCAGCAAUGGCCGCGGCGACGGGGAACCAAACCGAUGGCCAGAGUAAAGCGUCAGAGAGGAAUCGAAGCCCUGACCUCAGCGAUACCGUCAGCACUAGAACCGGAGGCGGGGGCGGCGAAGAAGAACGUAGAGCAGGAGGAGGACGAGGAGGUGGAGGUGGUGGAGGAGGAGGAGGAGGAGGAGGAGGAGGAGGAGGAGGAGAUGCUGGGGACAGUAGUAGUCGACGGCGAACAUCAGUUUCUGUAGGCCUGGAUGGAAGUCGGAUCGGGACGAUGGUAUUGGGAGGAGGAGGGGGAGGGGGAGGGGGAGGAGAGAGUGGCCGUCGUCGGAGCAAGGUAUCGCGACGUACUGAUAGUGUAGCAGCGCCUGGGAACUUGUCCCGACUCGAUGAUGGAUUGGGAUUGGGAUUGAGAAGGCAUGCCGACGUUGGUGUUGUCGGAAAUCGUGGACCGUUGGAUGAUGGGUUGAUAGACGACGAGAUCCCGUCGCCCACUUUUUAUUCUGUAGUGUCGCUUGCGCGCGAAGAUGAGAACGAGGAGGGGGAGGGGGAGGGGGAGGGGGAUAAAGCGGGUAGUGGGGUUGACGGACAGGUGUGCAACGGUAGACUAAGUGUAGUUGGCGGACAAGUGUACGAUGGUAGUGUGGAUGACAUGGACGAAGAAGACGAAGAUCUGAACGAGGAGGAUGAGGCAGAGGCAGAGGAGGAGGGGGACGAGGAGGAGGAGGAGGAGGAAGAAGAGGAAGAAGGUGAGGAUGGAUAUGGAAGACGUGGUAGAAGAGGACGCGUGGAAGAUGUGGAAGAAGAGGAAGAUGGGACCAGUCUGUCUGCUAGUGUUUGUGAAGAUAAAGAUCCCGACGAGGAGUCUGUCGGGAUUGCCAGGUUGAAAAGGGGCUGCGCCCCUUUGUUUAGAUCCAGCAGCUGUCGAAGAACUGCAGGAGCCAGAGGAGGAGGAGGAGGAGGAGGAGGAGGAGGAGGAGAAAGUUUGGCAUCGGAAGGAGGUGCAGGCGGUAGUCAGGUGCGGAAUACACAUCACGGGAGAAGAAGGGGAGCGGAGAGUGAUGAGGUGGGGACACGUGUCACGACUUUGUCUGAUCUUGAACCCCCCGCACCGUCGGCGGAUGACAAUGCGCAGCAGGAAGUCAUGGCCAAGACUGGCACUUCCGUAAGGUUCCGUGUUCGAGCCUAUCGGCAUAUCGCGGAAGUCGGCGUUGAGCAACAGCCUGCGCCCUUUGGACCGACGCAGGAGGACUGCAUGGCGCAGUCGAUGGCCAACACGGAGACGUUGAGGCGAGCAGCCAGAAUAUCAGGUCUUGCGCGGCGCCCUCGAUCCGUGUACGACUCGGAAGAAGAUUUUUCGGCUGUUCUAGUUGAAGAAAGCCCAGGUGGCAAAAAGUGGACUGUAGCGAUGGGAGGAGGAGGAGGAGGAGGAGGAGGAGGAGGAAGUAUCGUGGAGGGGGGAGAGGGGGGGGUGGCGGGGCGCGAAGGCGCUGCUGCGGCGUCGGAGGCAGCAGCCACAGCCGUGGAGGACGCUGAAUGUACUGCUGCUGCUGCUGCUGCUGCUGCUGCCAACACCAGCAAUGUUGUUGACGUCAACAUCAGGGAGCAGCGAGGUGUGGGUAGUGAUCUGCAAGACGACAGUGGCCGGAUCUGCUUAGCAGCUUCCGGGUCGGGACCAGGGGUGGCAUUAGGAGCGGGAUCGGCAUCAGGCUCGGGAUCGGGAUCGGGAGCGGGAGCUGGAGAGACUUGUUGCGGGUCUGGGGCGAAAUCGGAAAGCUCCCCCUCGCCUGGGGGCUGGUCAGACGCAACCCUGCAGUUUGAAUCGCGGUUUGAGAGCGGUAAUCUUCGGCGAGCUAUACAGGUUGACGAAUGGGAAUACGAUCUUGUAUUGAGGACGGACAUCAACACCAAUGGACACACACAAUGGUUCUAUUUCUCUAUCACGAACAUGAAGUGCAAUGUCACAUAUCGGUUCAACAUCAUUAACCUGAUGAAGCCAAAGAGUCUGUACCAGCAGGGGAUGCAGCUGCUGAUGUACUCAGAGAGAGAGGCGCUGGAAACGAGAAAGGGAUGGCGGCGAGUGGGCCAGAACAUUUGUUACUAUCAGAUGCCUGUGCACGAUGUCGUGCUCCAGAAGGAUUUCCUGCAGGAUUCUACUGGCAAGACCCUCCAGGAGCAUCAGGGUCAUCUGAGGCAGGUCUUGGGGAAGCUUAAAGAGGCUAACUUCAAGAUCAACGCGAAAAAGUGCGAGUGGGCCAAGACACAAGUCCUGUACUUGGGCCACGUAUUAGACGGAGAUGGCAUUAAGCCAGAGGACAGCAAGAUAGCGGCGAUUAGAGAUUGGCCGACGCCCCGCACAUUGAAAGAAUUGCGGUCGUUCCUAGGCCUAGCUAACUACUACAGGAAGUUCGUGAGGAACUUCUCCACUAUCGCCGCUCCCUUGCGCAGGUUGUUGAAGAAAGAGACAAUCUGGCAAUGGGAUAAAGAUUGUACGUCUGCGCUCAAGAAGGUAAAGCGCGCGUUAAUAGAGUAUCCUGUCCUCAAGGUUGCAGAUCCGUCCUUGCCAUUUGUCGUCACCACGGACGCGAGUCAGUAUGGGAUAGGCGCCGUGUUGCAGCAAGACGACGGCAAUGGCUAUAGACCCGUAGAGUUCAUGUCCGCGAGGAUGCCCUGUGAGAAGGUCGCUACCUCCACGUACGAGAGAGAACUCUACGCUCUCAGGCAGGCUUUAGAUCAUUGGAAGCACUAUCUGCUUGGGAGGCACUUCAAAGUGUAUUCGGACCACGAAACGCUUAGAUGGUUAAAGACUCAGGCCAAGAUGACACCUAAGUUGACUAGGUGGGCCGCAGAGAUAGACCAAUUCGACUUUGAGCUCAAGCCAGUGAAGGGCAAGUACAACGUAGUUGCGGAUGCUCUGAGUAGGAGAUCAGACUACUUUGGAGCUGUAGUACACUAUCUGGAUAUAGGGAGAGACCUGCAGGAGAAAGUGAGGCAAGCAUAUGCGCAGGACCCUAUCUAUAGCGACCUCCUAAAAAGAGUUAGAGAGGCCCCAGAGACUGAACCAGAUUACCGCACUGCAGACGGGUUGUUGUUUGAGAAGACUAAUGUGUUUGACCGCCUGUGCGUUCCCAACAGCGAAGAGAUCCGCAAUUUGGUUUUAGGGGAAUGCCACGAUACUGAAGGGCAUUUCGGUUGGCAAAAGACAUUAGCCAACCUGAUGCAGGAGGAGGUAACCAUGUAUAUCCCCAAGGACGAGCAGGAGGCCGCCAUGAAGGAAUGGGAUGCAGAAAGAGAUGCUUUGAAGCGGCAGGCGAUGGAACAUGAGAAGAGAAUGGAGUGGAAGUUAAGGAUGAUGAGGGAGAAGAAGAAGAGGGUGGACGCGGCAAGUGCAGUGGUCAAAGAGUUGGAGGAGGUGCAGAAACUGAGUCUACUGUUGACCCCGCAAGUGGACCUCCAACGAAAAGUAGAGAUCAUUGCCCAGAGUGUCGAACGUUUGGCCCGAGUGCAGGAAGAACAGUAUGAGUUUAGUCGAAGUCAGGAUAUGGUCGUGCGCUCGAUGCGAAUGGGAUUUCGGGAUUUUGCGCGCGAACUGGUAGGCGCAGUUGGGGCCGAGGUGAACCAUCGCCUUGAGAAGACCGAACGAUUCUGCGUUGGCACCAUUGAAGGCGUCAAGGCGACAGCUCCCAAGGAGGAAGAGGCACGUCCUCGUAGGGAGCCAAUCAAAGUCAAGUUCCCCGAUUCCUACAAUGGAAAGAGGGAAGAAAACUUUGACAAUUGGGAGGCCAACGUGGAGACCUAUGUGCACUUGCAGCAGGUCUCCCCAGAUAGCACUGUCAAAGCCUCAGAUAGGCUUCAGACCAUCCAUUCUCGUCAAUGGAAGAGUGCCAGGGCACUCAAGGGUGUUAUGGACGAAUGGGUAGCUGUUCCUGACCACGGGGUCACAGAGACCCAGUUGGUCAACCUCUUCUACAGGGCUAUGCCCGAAUCGCUACGUGGCCACUUCUUCGCGAAGAGUCAAGACCCUGCCAUGACGUACGAUGCACUCAACAGGGAAGUGGUAGCCUUUGAGGCAAAGUCUGUGUCAGUUUUCACUUUCUGGCACAAAGACUUAGAUAAGGGAAAGAAGUGGAAAGGUCGCACUAUCUCAGGGCAAGUUAAGACCAAGGAUAGUCUUGUCCUUACUUUAGACGAAGGUAGUGUUGACGAGAUCACCUACGAUCAGAUAGAGUGGGGGUUAGAGGAUGAGGACAGUGGCACGAGUCAGGGGAGAACUUAUGCUGCUGUCGCGGCUGGAGGGAGGCCGCAAGGAGGAGGACGAGGCCAGGGCCAAGGGGGCCGGGCCUCAGGGGGCUGGUUUCAGGGCGAUCAGGGGGUUGGCGGCAGAGGAGGAAAACGCCAAGCGGGAGGAAGGGGUCAAGGUCCCCCGCAAAAUCGUUCUGGAAAUAGGUCUCCUUAUAGGAGAGGUGGAUGGCACCCAGGGCUGCCGCAGGGUAAGCCUUGGGAAGAUUUGGGUCUGGACCAGUGCUUAUGGCAACAGCGUGUGGACCGGGGCCAGAUGUCUCCGCGGGAAUUAGAGGAGCUGCGCAAGCAACUUGACGAGCUCCUAGAGAAGGGUUGGAUAAGGCCCAGUUCGUCCCCAUUCGGGGCACCUGUUCUGUUCGUUCCCAAGAAAGAGGGAGAGUUGAGGAUGUGUAUAGACUAUAGGGGUCUGAAUGCUAUUACGGUAAAGAAUGUUGAGCCACUGCCUAGGAUAGACGAUCUCUUAGAUCGAGUGCAGGGGGCCAAGUAUUUCUCUAAAGAUUUGAAGUCCGGAUAUCAUCAGAUAGAGGUUCAUCCUGAUGAUCAGUAUAAGACAGCCUUCCGGACUAGAUAUGGGCACUAUGAGUUCAUAGUGAUGCCUUUUGGACUAACCAAUGCGCCGGCAACGUUCCAACGCUGCACGAACGAUUUGUUUAGGCCAUGGUUAGAUAGAUUUGCUAUUGUCUACUUAGAUGAUAUCUUAGUGUUUAGCAAGACCCUCCAAGAGCAUCAGAGUCAUCUCAGGCAGGUCUUGGAGAAGCUAAGAGAAGCUAACUUCAAGAUCAACGCGAAGAAGUGUGAUUGGGCGAAGACCCAAGUUUUAUAUUUAGGCCACGUCUUAGACGGAGACAGCGUUAAGCCAGAGGAUUGCAAGAUCGCAGCGAUUAGAGAUUGGCCCACACCGCGUACGCUAACAGAGUUGCGGUCGUUCUUGGGCUUAGCCAACUACUAUAGGAAGUUCGUGAGGAACUUCUCCACUAUCGCUGCGCCCCUUCGCAGAUUACUGAGGAAAGAAACCAUCUGGAAGUGGGAUAAGGACUGCACGUCUGCCAUGAAGAAAUUGAAGCAGGCAUUGAUAGAGUACCCAGUCCUUAAGGUGGCUGAUCCGUCCCUACCCUUUGUUGUCACUACGGACGCCAGCCAGUACGACAUAGGUGCUGUUUUGCAGCAAAACGAUGGCAAUGGUUAUAGACCCGUAGUCAGAUCACAAGACGUUGAGAUGGUUAAAGACCUAGGCCAAGAUGACACCUAAGCUUACUAGGUGGGACGCAAAGAUAGAUCAGUAUGAUUUUGAGCUCAAGCCAGUAAAAGGGAAGUAUAACUUAGUUGCGGAUGCUCUGAGUAGGAGAGCGGACUACUUUGGAGCAAUAGUUCACUAUCUGGACGUAGGGAAAGACCUGCAACAAAAUGUUAGAGAAGCG